UACCGCCGUUUACGCGCCCUCCGCCCCACCUGCGACGGCAGUCGGGGGCCCCCGGAGGUGCUGCACAGUCUGCAUGUGGGUCUUUCAAACCGUGCUUCACGUCCUGCAGCUGGGGCAAGUCUGGAGGUACAUCCAUGCCCUGUACCUGGGCGCCCAGAGCCGCUGGCACAGUACCGGGCAACGCCGCCACUUCCACUGGCGGCUGUUUGAGAGCGCUGACAUCACAAUGCUCCGUCUCCUGGAGGCCUUCUUGAAGUCGGCACCGCAGCUGGUCCUGCAGCUGAGCAUCAUGAUCCACGGAAACGCAGUCCUCCCACUGCAAGGUCUCUCGGCCUCAGCCUCCCUCGUCUCUCUGGCCUGGAUGAUUGCCUCCUACCAGAAGGUUCUUCGGGACUCCCGCGAUGACAAGCUGCCCAUGUCCUACAAGGCCGUGAUUGCCCAGAUGCUGUGGCACUUUUUCACCAUAGGGGCGAGGACCGUGGCCUUCGCCCUCUUCGCCUCUGUCUUCCAGCUCUACUUUGGCAUAUUCAUCGUCAGUCAUUGGUGUGUUAUGACUUUCUGGAUCAUUCAAGGUGAGACUGACUUCUGCAUGUCCAAGUGGGAGGAGAUCAUCUACAACAUGGUUGUGGGCAUUAUCUACAUCUUCUGCUGGUUCAAUGUGAAGGAAGGCCCCAGCCGCUUCCGCAUGACUGUCUACUACUCUGUAACACUGGCUGAGAAUGUGGCACUGACCGCUGCCUGGUACACAUACCGUGGCCCGCACACCUCCGACUCCUACGCUCUGGUGGUGGUGUGCCUGGUGGCCUGCAGCUUUGCCCUGGGAACCUUCUUCAUGUUGGUCUACUACUGCUGGCUGCAUCCUGACGGGCCUGUUUUGGGUUCACAGUGGGGAGGAUGUGUGGAUGAUGGCAUGGUGGGGACAGGAGGGGUCGCGGGAGUGAUAGAUGCUUGCCUUACACCAUCCCAAGGGUCCCAAACAGACAUGGUCAUUACGAGUCCUCCGAGGACUCUCCCCAGGACUAAAGACACGGGGGAACCAGUACCUGGAGACAGGGACAGAGAGAGAGACAGGGACAGCUGCCUGCCUGUCUUUCAGGUACGUCCCUCACCUUCCUCUUCUCCUGCACUCCUUCACCGGACCUCCUCAUCGACACGGGGACAGGAGGGCCCUGUGAUCCGGAUUGAUCUCCCGAGAAAGCGUUAUCCAGCCUGGGAUGCACACUUCAUUGAUCGGCGCCUGCGAAAAACCAUCCUGCUUCUGGAGACCACAUCAGCUGUCAGCCCACGGAUACAGUACAGGAGUAGCAUGAUGGGCAGCAAGGAGGUGUUGGAAUAUGAGACAACUGUUUAAGUCAACAGGGGCCUCUUGCCUCUCUUUGAACUUUAAAAUGCAAUCUGGGACCCAGGCUUGGCCAGAGAUCAGUUCACAUCCCAGGACUACCAAUGCCAUAAGAAGCAUGAAAAUAGACAGACUGUCAGUCAACCCUUUUAAAAAAAAAGGUUGUCAAAACUUAAUUAAAAUGUGAAGUGCAAUCUAGGACCAAGGCUCUCCCCUUUAGGACAAGGUCCGGGAGUAAGUAGCACGAGGGUGGGAAGGCAAUCGAGUAACAAUGAACUGGGAUAAUUGUCAUCCUUUCUAAAAGCUUGGAGACGAGAAAUUUAAUUUCUCAUCCUACAACCAAGGAGUUUCAUCAUUGUUUCAUCUUGCACGCUCAGUACAAGAAGUAAAUGGAUUUAGGGACAAUAAAGUUGCAGAGUUUGAAAUAACUCCAUAAAAGUCCAUAAAAACCCGAGCCUCAAACCCCAGAGAUUCACUGGAACUACCAGAUAACGUUUAGAGACUGGUUGCUGAAGUUUGGAUGGGACAUGCCAACAUUUUGGUUUGGUAGCAAAUUAGACACUAACACAUGCCCAAACAUCUGUAUUAAAACCGGGCUAAGCUGAAAAGUGAUCUCUUGAUUUUUUUAAAAAGAGGUUUAUCUUACCUGUAAUAUAAUAGAUUUGAUAUUUUGUUUAGACAGCACAUAAAUAAAUCUCAGUGUGAUAGGAGAAUAUAAUUACAGCAUAAAAUAUGUUAAAAACAUGAAUGUAAAUGACUAUGGCUCACUUUUCAAUCAACCUUUCUUUAGUUUUAACAAUACCACUACACUACAUUUUUUUACCCCCAAUUGAUUUGGUAAAAUACCCAUUGAGUUCGAACAGUAUACAUUCAGAAAAGUAAGGAUUUGUAUGUUUUAGCAAAAACUGAGAGAUAAUCAGUUCUACACUUGUCCCGACAUGCUUCCAAAAGGUUGCAUGUCCCUCCUCACAACAUUUGGUAACCAUCCUCUAAGCAUUCUGUCUAUAGUCUCGAAUACUGGGUUCCAGUCUCAUGAGAUCACAAGAAUUCAUCCAAUGCAGGCUUAGAACUCAGUCUAGAUCCAGAUGGUUUAUGAAAUAUAGGCCUGAGAUAAGUCAUCCAUCCAUAAAUGUUACAAAAGCAGCCAUAGCAAAGGUCCUAUUGUUUACAUUCCAACUGCACUCUCACCCCCAAACUGAUGUUUGAACUUGUUUGCAAAAAUCAAUCAGGACUGGUUUUAAGGAUGUAAAGUGGAUGACUUCUGCAGUGGCUACCACCAUAUGGCAUGCUAUACACCAUAAUUAGGGUUGGAAUGUACAGAUGAUUAAAUACAGAUGUCAGAUAUAAGCUAUUAUAAUAAGCUGUAGUUAGGUAAUGAGUGACUUUUUGGUGAAGAAGUUCCAUUUACUCAUAAGAGUCUAAAUGUCAUCCAGAGUUGUCCACUUUUCUUAAGAUACAUAACAUGUAAGGGUAUGAAGGGAAUCAUGAGCAACCUCAUUAUGCUAUGAAAACAUUUUUUGGUGUUUGGCUUUUAGGAAGAACAGUAGCUAAAAAAAUCAUCUUGUAAUCACAUCAACAGACCCCAAAGAUUUCUGGAAGGGUAUUUUGAACAUAUGUAUAAGUGUUUAAUACAAUAAACAAACAUAUGCUCAAAGAACACUGCGGAGAUGCUGAGUACCAUGACAUUUUUGCAAGAUAGCUUGUUAGCAAUAGCUGUUUAUUUCUUGUUACAUACUGUAUAGGAUGUUGACAAGAUAUUUGAAUUUUUUGCGAGGUGUUAUUGUUUACAAAAUGAAACCAUGUACAGCGCAGUACUUUGAGUCAAAGUAGUACAUAGUAGAUUCAGGCUUGGACAGAUAAGAUAAACCUGAUCAUCAAUAGACUGGCAAAACAAACAAAGGUAUGAAGAACUGAUGAUGAAUUUUCUUUGCUUCUAGGAGCAAGUUAGAGCAAGCAAGGAGCUCUAACUUGAAUACAUUUAGUGGAGCAGAUCAGUAAUUAGCUUCAGUGGUUGAAGUUUAAACAUGGCAGCUCCCAGGUGUAACUGAGCAUUACUAUCAAUUGAAAGCAGAUGGAUGCUACAAAAGUCAAGCAUGGUCAGCAACUAAACCUGAAGGAAGAACAGUUAAAGAGCCCCUGACAUGCUCAUUUCCAGCCAUCUAAUGUUUAAUCUUGGGUACCGCUAGAUUAGCUUUGUACCCAUCAUAACUCCAGACAGUCUGUAAUUACUGUAUUUCAGAAGGAUAAAACCUGAUAGCACAAGGAGAGCCUCCUCCCAAAAAUGACAGGAUAGUUCAUGAAAGUAGACAAAUCCCGUUGCUGGUCAGAAAGCUCCGACAAUGAAUAAACAAAAAACUUAUGACAGUACCUCAAAUCCUACCUGACAUGUUUGAGCCAGAAUAUGAAAGUGGAC